GUGCUCUCGGAGUCUUGGAGGAUUAGAGUUAUGGCUACCGUUUACGAGAUACCUUGGGACCGAAAACAACUUUUCAAUGCCACGCACUCUCACUUCACUACCAGGUGUCAGAAUAUUGCAACGCCAUGUCUCAUUUGAAACUCAAAUUUUGCACUUCAUUCCAUUCUGCUUACACUACACAUUCUUCUCUCUUCAUUCUUCCACCUCCUCAAACCUCAAGCCAUGGCUGAUCGGUUCUUCCCAAACCCAAUGCCCGAAUUCGUCGCCGAAGCAAAGCCGUCAACUCCACAGGAACAGCAAGAAGCUGUCACAGUCGGUGCCGGAGAAGGAAGCUCACUGCUGAAGCUCCUUGCCAUGCCUCACGCGCCGCUUUCCGAGCGUCUCAAACGCGCCGCCUUGGACCUCAAAGAAACCAUAGUGGUGGAAACGUGGGGUUUCUCAGGGCAACAUGCUCGGGACUUCACUCUCUAUUGCGGCCUUCUGGGUACCGGUUUUCUCCUCUUCAAGUCUUACCAGGUCACCGGCAACACCAACGAGCUCGCUCUCUGCUCCCAGAUUGUGAAAGCUUGCGAUAAUGCUUCUCUUCGUUCCAGGGACGUCACUUUUAUUUGUGGGCGUGCUGGUGUUUGCGCCCUUGGAGCUGUUGCUGCAAAACAUGGUGGUGAUGAUGAGUCCUUGAAGUACUACUUGGCUCAGUUCCAAAAGAUUAAGCUGCCAAAAGAUCUCCCUGAUGACUUGUUAUAUGGGAGGGUUGGUUUUCUAUGGGCAUGUUUGUUCUUAAACAAGCACCUUGGUCAGGGGAUUGUUCCUUCCGAUUAUACUGCCACAAUUGUAGGUGAAAUUAUUAAAAAUGGAAGGGCAUUGGGUACGAAGGGGAAAUGCCCUUUGAUGUUUGAAUGGUACGGAGAGAAGUAUUGGGGUGCCGCGCAUGGAUUGGCUGGUAUUAUGCAUGUCCUUAUGGAUAUGGAGUUGAAGCCAGAUGAGCUGGAGGAUGUCAGGGGAACUCUUAAAUACAUGAUACAUAACCGCCUUCCUAGUGGAAACUAUCCUGCUAGUGAAGAAGAUAAGAAGAGGGAUGUUCUUGUGCAUUGGUGUCAUGGAGCUCCUGGCAUGGCCCUUACACUUGUUAAAGCAGCUAAGGUUUUUGGAGAUAAAGAAUUCUUGGAUGCAGCUAUCGAAGCAGGGGAGGUGGUUUGGAGUCGAGGUUUGCUUAAGCGAGUUGGGAUUUGCCAUGGUAUUAGUGGGAAUGCAUAUGUCUUCCUAUCACUUUACCAACUUACCGGGAAUGUGAUGUAUUUAUACAGGGCGAAAGCUUUUGCUUGCUUUUUACUUGAUAGAGCUCAUAAGCUGAUAUCUCGAGGUGAAAUGCAUGGAGGUGAUCGACCAUAUUCAUUGUUUGAAGGAGUAGGUGGCAUGGCUUAUUUCUUUUUGGAUAUGGUUGAUCCUUCCCAGGCAAAAUUUCCAGCCUAUGAACUCUGAGAAUCUACAUAAUUUGGAAAGUAAGCCUUAUGUACAGAUGAUCUUACAUGACCAAGGUAAAUGGAGUGUAAAAAGUAGAGAGCCUUAAUUUAGUUAGUAUAUGUACUUUCUACUAUGUGAGAACUGAGAACUAUGCUUCAACAUCUGUCAUUUCCUCCUCUUUACUUUAUGCUUCAACAUCAGUACAUGCUUGUUUAUGCGUUUGUGACAAA